UUAUAUGUGCUUCCCAUAUUCUUUCUUGGUGACUAAGGGUGAUCCAGUUGUUACAUUUGCUUAUUUAUUGUUCAAAUUUGUGAUCUUUACUCAUUGACUGAGUUUGCUUGGGACAGAAUGCUAGGCAACAGUAUGUGCAUUGUCUGUCAUUAGGAUUGGUCAUGGUGGAGUUAUUUAUUUCUUUUAUUUUUUCCUCAACCAAUGCACAUGCCUUCUUUUAGUUUUCUUAUUUUAGGUUGAUGCUUAGUGUUGAACAUGAUGGGCCAAUGGUUGCUAUAAAAUUUAACAUAAUAUUGGGAAUUAGGUCUACCCAGCCUACCCCUCACAACACUUGGUAAUGGCAUAUACAUUUAUUGCUUCAUGAGCUGUUUGAUAUUCCCGUCUUAUAGCUUUUAUAGGUAUGUGUCAUCCAAUCAAUUGGAAUUUGUUUAUCUGUACUGUUUUCUUCCUUACUAACUAAUUAUCCUCACUAUUUUUAAAUUUUUUGUUCCUACCCAUUGAAUUGAUUUGAAUUGCUUCUUGUUACUGUUUGUGUUGCCUUUUCCUUUAUAUCCUUCUGGGGUCAAUUCAAAUUGAGCACUAGGCAUUUUAUUUGUGGUACAUGUCAUGGUGACCUCCUUAGCCACCUAAAGAAAAGAAAAUAAAUGAACAAAAGAAAACAGCACAGUUUAGCCCCAUUACAUUUUACAGAUUUGGUGUCACCUUUCCCAAUGUUUGUAGUUGUCUGUGAUGGACGUAUUCUCUCACAUCAAUCAGUUAUAUGUUCCUUUGUUUACCAGUUUGCAAUUUGUUUCCAGUGUCAUCUGAUUUGUUUCAUGGUUGCUUUCAUUGAUUUCUUUUCAAGUCUUGACAUUGGAUGUUUCUUACCAAAUCUUGCUAAAAAAUGUCUGUCAAUAUUUGUCAUACUAUUCAAAUCCCUUGCAUAUCUCUUGACAUUUUUUUCAACAUUUAGUACCAAUGGGAAUUUUUAUCUGGUAGGUUUGAAAAGGAAAUUUACUUUUACCUUUUUAUUAACACUUUGAUAGUGAAACCAUAAUUGCUAGGCCGAUUUUCUAUAAUAUAACAAUAAUUAAAAUGAAUAAAAUAAUGAGUUUGUAUACCCCUUCUAUGAAACUUGUGCAUCAACUUCUUCCGUUCAUGUUUAACUUGAAAUAUGGAUUUCGAAAACUAAUUACUGCUACGAUUCAUUGUUACUUUUGAAUGUUUGUCAAACAUAGCAUGUCUUUGUUUACCUCUAUUGCAACAUCCAGUACAUGGCCAUGUCGGAUGUGUGCCUGUUGAAGAAAGCGUUGCAAUGUUUAUCCAUGUGUUGAGAGGGUUGCAAAAUCGGGAAAUCCAAGAAUGGUUCCAACAUUCAGGGGAGACUGUGUCCCGAAACGCGCAUAAUGUAUUAACUUCCAUGAAGGAGUUCACUGUUGUUCAUUGCCGGCCCACAUAUAGUCAGCAUCAUAUACAUCCAUACGUGCGGUCUAAAUGGAAAUACCUACCGUUCAAGGACUGUAUCGGAGCCAUAGACGGAACACAUGUAAGUACACGGGUUACAGGGCCAGAUGCGGCAACAUAUUUCGAUAGGAAAUACUGUCACACACAAAAUAUCAUGGCCGCGAGCGAUUUUGACAUGUGUUUCAUCUUUAUUUCGCUUGGAUGGAAAGGAAGUAUGCACGAUAGUUGUAUCUUCAACGAGAUACUAACAAAUGAUAAUGUCCCAUUUUCACAUCCUAAAGAAGGCAAAUAUUAUCUUAUCGAUGCUAGCUAUCCAAACUGGGUAGGUUACCUAGCACCUUUCAAAGGCAGCCGUUACCACCAUCAACAAUUCCGAAGUAGUGAACGGAACAGGACGGCAAACACCCAAAGGGGAUUAUUUAACAAAGUUCACUCGUCGUUAUGCAGUAUGGUGGAAUGCACUUUCGGUGCCUGAAAAAUUGAUGGGGAUUUAUUAGAGACAUGCCUCGGUAUGAUUUUGCAAAUGUGCAAGUUUAGUUAGUAGUGCAUCAAUGGCAUUACAUAAUUAUAUACGACGAAAUACAGGUAAUCCAACAACUGUUAAUCCCAUCUGCGACGAGGAAGAGGCUAUGACAAUAGUAAGUGCUAUACCAGAAGUUGAACAUGACGAUGAUGGUUUAAUGGUUGGAGAUGAGGACCCGCAUAUAGCAUUGGUGCGACUUCGCAUACGAGACAAGUUAGUGUAUUUACGUAAUAAUAGAAUGUUAGGAAAUAUAUAAUAGUCCACCUAAUAUUCGUAGGCUUCUAACAUUGGUAACCCACGCGGAAGAGGCUGUAUGUAAAUAUAUUAUCAUGUACAACAUGUAUGUGUUUAUACGGGAAAUAAUCCCUUUUAGUUGGUGACGUGUCUAACUUUGAAAAAACAGGAAAAAAAAAAGAAAAAGAAAAACCUUUUUGA